GCCGGCGGCCGGCGGAGAGUGGGCGUGGUGGUUUUUGUCACGUCGCUCCUUCCUUCCUCGCUUUCUUUACUACGUGAGGCUGCCUUGGAGGGAAGUGAACGUCGCUAAGAAAAGGAUAACUAGGAGAAGGGAGCAUAAACAACAACAACAACUACCCUCUAAAAGCUGCCUCAGGAGCAGUGAAGUGUCUUCAUGGCAGUUCGUCGAGGACACAUUAAGUACUUGAAAGCCCACCAGGCCGACUUGCAGGAGGUGUAUGACAUGUCGAACGGUUACGAAGACCACAUGGGAGGGGACGAUGGGAAGGACUCCAAGACCAACCUGAUAGUGAACUACCUGCCUCAGAGCAUGUCGCAGGACGAGCUGCGGAGCCUCUUCACCAGCAUCGGAGAAGUGGAGUCUGCCAAGCUGAUACGAGACAAAGUCGCAGGCCACAGUUUAGGGUACGGAUUUGUUAACUAUCUUAACCCUAGUGAUGCAGACAGAGCUAUCAGUACUCUGAAUGGACUAAGGCUACAGUCCAAAACUAUCAAGGUUUCAUACGCACGGCCCAGCUCUGAUACUAUAAAGGAUGCCAACCUGUAUAUCAGCGGCCUGCCGAAGGCCAUGUCCCAGAAGGAUGUGGAGGACAUGUUUUCACGUUAUGGACACAUCAUUAACUCCCGUGUACUUGUUGACCAGGCCACAGGUACUACAGGGGCGUCCCGCGGCGUGGCUUUUAUCAGGUUUGACAAGCGGGCAGAGGCUGAGGAGGCCGUCAAAAACCUGAACGGCCAAAAACCACCUGGAGCAUCUGAGCCGAUCGUAGUGAAAUUUGCUGCCAAUCCAAACCAGGUGAAGAACACGCAGAUCAUCUCUCAGCUCUACCACAACCAGUCCCGGCGCUUCGGAGGGCCCGUACACCACCAGGCACAGCGGUUUAGGUUCUCCCCCAUGGGCGUUGAUCACAUGAGCAGUGUGGGAAGUGUCAGCGUCCCCGGGAACUCCACCUCCGGCUGGUGCAUCUUCAUCUACAACCUGGGCCAAGACGCCGACGAGAGCAUCCUCUGGCAGAUGUUCGGCCCCUUCGGCGCCGUCACCAACGUCAAGGUGAUCCGCGACUUCAACACCAACAAGUGCAAGGGGUUCGGCUUCGUCACCAUGACGAACUACGAGGAGGCGGCCAUGGCCAUCGCCAGCCUGAACGGCUAUCGGCUCGGAGACAAGAUCCUGCAAGUGUCCUUUAAGACCAGCAAGGGCCACAAGUAGAGAGAGCUAGACAUUCGGGUGUAGAGGAGAGAUGGGAAUGACCUGCGCCAGGCUUUUAUAGCAGAGAGCAGAAGUAUUCAUAGUCUGGCACAUCUGUUUGGGUUUUAGUGUAUUCAGAGUUAAACGAGAUGUUCACUCUUCUGCACCUUUGUACUUGUCUAAAAGUGUUUAGGCUGUUUUUUGUUUUUUUUCAUCAUUAUACUCAUGCUUGGGGCUUGAGGACACUCAGUAGUUUUAAUUUUUAGUGAGGGGAUGGUGAGGCCAAAAUCCCAUGACACCCCCCCAAGAUAACUUUUUGAAAAUUAUCUAAAAAGCUAAAAUACUGUCCGUAUGUGUUGCAUGUAUAACUGUGUCGACUAGAUAAAGGAGGCAGUGGUUCUGAGCAGUGCACUAAAAGAUAUGCUGCCCCACAAAUAGUCCUCCAAGUGUUGACAUUUUCGUCUAAAGAAGGUGAGGAACAAUAUUUUGCUCGUAGCCAGUGGUUGUUUCGUUUUGGGAAAGCAGUGCUCUGUUCUGGAUCCUCAUCAUAAGUAGAAAUAGAUGCCUUAAAUUAUCAUCCAGUGGACACACAGACCUACAAUACCGCUCACUGUCUUGAGUCAAUCUAAGAGCAACGCACUUUUAACCAACCCGCUUUAGGUUACUAUAAAUAUCAGUCUUUUUGAUGUUAAUCUAUGACUUUUUCCUCACCCUCCUACCAGGUUAACAAUUUUAAACAUAACAAGCUGGAGGGAAAUGUUUUUGUUUUAUUAUCCCUGUGUAAAGUGUCUUUUUAUUAUUUCAGGAGAGUCCUGUUGAAUAUGAACCCCAGUCAAUGAGUAGGGAAUUGAGAUGGACCAAAGGCAGGGAGAGAUUUGAUCCUAUUACCAGAAGAGUUUCUGAGCAGAUUUAAGGUAAAUUUAUACCUUUUUUUUGUUUUAUUUUAAGAGGUACUAAGGAUAUAUCUGACUGAGAGCAACAUCACUUUAACUCAGUAUGUCGUUCUGUUUUCUUUUAUUUCGAGUUAAUUUUUUUGUUUUGAAUAUUUCUUUCUUUCUGAAGGCAUCGAUUUCUAUUUGUUACAAUGUAAGUUACAAACUUGUUUUAACGAGUGCUUAUCUCAAGUUUGGAGACAAAUGAAUGGCCUUUGUUAUUGAUUUCAGUUUUGAUUUGCUUUCUUUUCUUCCUUUCUUUUGUUUUUGGUUGUUUCACUUUGAGCAUAAACCAUUAAAUUUUAUUUCUUUUCGCCGAAAGUUUUGUUUGGUUUGUUUCUUUUUUUUAUUUACCUUUUUUUAGAUUUCGUUUGGAGUUUUGUUCUAUUAUUUUUCUAGUAGCAAAUCUGCAUUGUUGAUAAAAGAUCAAGAAAAACAGGCUGUUAGGAAAAACGUCUGAGACGGAAACAAUAUGUGGACCAAUGUUGGUUGUCAGAGAAAAGAUUAUUUAACCUGUACACAGACACUUGAAGAAAAGUGAUUGUCCUGAAGACAUUUCAUGAAGUAACUUCUCUAAGAUUGGCGUUUACGUUUGAACCACUUAACAUAAUUAGCAAGUUGAAGCUGUAUGUUGACACCUUUGGUACAGUUGUCUUUUCAGCAGUUAUUUAUUGACAUCUGGAUCAGUAAAUCUGUGUUUUAAUACCUGGCUAUUUUGGGAGGGUGAUUCAGAUUACAUUUGAUUUGUCAGCUAGUUUUCUAAAGUGAAACCAGAUUUGUUGUUUGAUAUUUCAACAUGGCAAAUAAGUAUACACCGUUCACUCAAAGAUUUAGGCUUUCAUACCCGAACCCAUUGCUCCGAUCUUUGUCUUAUUACUUUUACUUGCUCAGUAAAACACUUUUUAUAUGAUCCAUUUAGAAAAGAUCUUUGGCAUAUCACAGCUCAUCUUUAAUCUUCUAAUAGUGAUGAAUUUGGUAGAUUGUCUUGUUCUCCAAGGUGGUUGAAAAGUUUACCAUUACCAUCGGUACCGUCUUUGUUCUUGAUUUAACCUUACCACAAAUUGAACAGAGGAUCCACUUGGUGAUAGUUACAAAUAUCAAAUCAUUUUUGGGAACAGUAAUUGCUCACAUUUAUAAGGAUUCACUUUUAAAAAACUUUUUUUCCCUCCCAGCAGUAAUUCCCCUGAUGCUUCUGUAAAUGCCUCUUUAAUUUGUGUGCGCCCUCUGAAAGGAGUAUUUCCAUUACAAGCUUCAGAUUUUGGUCUUAAAAGUGCUUUUUAAUUUAGUAAUUCCAUCUUAUUUUUGUGUCACAAUCCUUAACUUUGUGCAAUAUUUCGUGGCUUGCGCAAAGCAGGUAAUAGAAAGUUGUUAUAGUCGUGGACUGUCAUCUUUUUUUAUAAUUUCUCUUUUCUACUGACGUUUUUAUGUUACUGCUUAGUUUUUUCAGCAGUCUAGUUGGAAUUGCAUGAAUGCUGCAAGCGUUUUUGUUUUAGGGGCAGUCAGAAUAAACUGCAUUCCGCCUUAAUUUAUAAGUGGGAAUGGUGUAUUUUACAUCAGAGGAGGCGCAACUAUUUAUUUGACAAUGUAUGCGAUCAUACUUGUUACUUAUUGGAGUGUUUUUUUAAUGGAUUCUAUUGUUUUCUUGGUUUUGAAGGACACUAAGUUGAAGUCCAUUAAAUGUCUUCUAACAUUGGAUCAUUUCAAUAAAAAAACACAGUGGCUUCUCAGAAUUGAAAGAAUUAAAUGUCUCUUCAGAAGCUUAUUGUGAA